AUGAAACUCCUCCCAACCUUUGCCCUACUCUCGCUGGCUGGGGCCGCCAUUCCCAGCCCUCCUGUGUGGCCGGCCAACGCUUGCACCGACAAGUCGCUCAGCAUCCCUAGCUGGGUCAUAUCCAACCUCACGGUCACCGGCUCGGAUGUGUCAUUCCGCCUCCUCAAUAGAGCCAGCAACUACGAGGGAGCCGUCGCCUGCACUCAGGGAACUUGCACGGCUGCCGGCAGCGCUGCCAUCCAUGUGACGGCCCAUUCCGGUGAGAGCAACGUUCAGGUCGACAUCGACGACACCUGGUCCUGCAGUGACAAGCGAGACCCCAUCAUGGUGCACGCCACGGGCAGCACAACCAUCGCCCUCACCGCGGGCGGGACACCAGUCUUUGCGGAGACGUUGAUACGGGGCAGCAUAAAGUCCCCAGUCAGCCUGACGCCCGCGUAUCCGGAUCCGCCAACGGGCUACGACCUGGCCAGCUGCUCGGCGAAGACCGAAAGUCCGUCGUGGACCAUCACUCAAGCGGUACUCCGGAAUGUGUCGUUCUACAUCGACCCACAGACGCAUGAAUGGGUGCUUCCGGGCCUGUACUUUGGGGCGACCAUCACCAACGACUUGAUCGGCUUUGAGGCCAAUUGCUCCGCGCAGCUCGCGCAGGACCCUAGAACCAAUCCAGGACCGGUCACGUUCAAUUGUAGUGCCGACACUGGGACAUACAACCGCAUUAGCACAACAGUGACAUGGAACCAGCAAGAAGAGCUUCUCUCGCUGAGUCAAGUCUGGUAUUGCAUUGAGGACCCGGCGACGAACCAAGUGCCAUCUGCCGUCGCCGCGUCGGGCACCGCCAAUGUGCCGCUUAGCUGCGCAACGCCCGAUCCGACCCUCCCCGAGGUCCGUUGCACUAACGAGCGCACAAAAGUUCCGGGCAGCGUUACGGAGCGGGCCGAGGGGCUGCCCGUCUUCAGCCUGACGGACCCGCCGCCGACGGUGGGCGGCUGCACGGUCGACUCGCUGACCAACGCGAGCUGGACGCUCGACACGUUCCGCUUCUUCGCCGACAACACGACCGAGCCGUGGGAGAUCGACACCUUCUACAUGUAUUUUUAUCUAAACAACGCACAUAUCGGCCUGUGGACCGCCACGGAUCAACUGGCUUAUCCCAUGGUCAACACGAGUAACAAUAACCACACCUGGAUCCAGGCAUACGUCGUCGAGAAUUUCGACGUGCAGUCCCAGUACAAGGUCUUCUUCAUUUACGAUUAUGGCGAUAACAGCCGCAUCGACGUCCGCCAGGCCUGGGAAUGCACCGACAAGGACCCCGCCCAUCCGCUUCUCUUCAACGCCACGGGUACCACUCAUCUUACCCAGCCGCCCUGCAUCCCGUGGACCGACCACAGUGUGUUUUGCAAGGACGACAGUCUAGUGGCGACCUUUCCGCCGAGUAACUGGACAUACACUGUGCUGAACGCCUAA